AAGGAGAUAAGAGGAGGAGGAGGAGGAGGAGGAAGAGGGGUAGCCAGCUUAGUGAGGGGAGUGGAGACCGCAGUUCCCGGAGAGACGUGCGCCAGGCAACACCACAACACCAAGGUCGAAAGAGUUAACAGGCCCCGGAAAAUAAGAGCCUCAAGGUGUGGUGGAGACGACGCACUCUGCUACGUCAGCGUCCGCGCCCCACACUGAGCCUGCUGACUGACCUGCUUGCUCGACACCUUGGGAGCCGAGUGUGAGCUUUCUUGUUUACUGUUGAGGCACAAGCAGUAACCUCUGAGAUGGGAAGGAGAGGAUCCGGCGGCGGGCAGCAGGUGGCGAGGUGUGGCGGCGGCGGCGGGGGUCAGGUUGCCCGGCGCGCCAGCAACACCUACGAGCGUGUGUACGAGAGCACGGGCACGGUGCUGCGAGGCCAGACCCAGAACCAGACCAUCCGGCAGGGCUCUUCCACCAUAUACCAGUCCAUGAACAGCUACGAGUCCGUCAACAAGGCCAAGGGCACCGUCAAGUAUGGGCUGAACGGCCACAUGACCACCUACCAGGGCGGGGGCUCUGUCACGCAGGGCAUCACCAUGAACCAGACCGUCAGCCGCAACAACCAGCAGGUCCGUCACAACACCGACUCCUACAAGACUGUGAACUGCGGCUCGUCCACAGCCAAGCUCGGCACCAAGACCACCAUGGCCAUCAACCAAAACACGGGGACGGUGCAGCAGCGGACCAGCACCUACGAGAGUGUCAGGGACAGGCCCUCCCAGCAGGCUCUCAAGGGCUCCGGCAGCGGCUGCUACAUGCUGGACUACUGAGGUGAGGGACACAGGCCAGCACACACACACACACACACACACACACACACAUACACUCACACAUUAGUUAUCCAUUCUAAGCUGCUUUAAAACACACACACACACAUUCAUUCUCAAAUUUUCUCAUAUUUCCUUCAUUCUUUUCCACUUUAUUUCCUCCUCCAUCUCUUCUUUCUCCUCCUUUUCCUUUCUUCCUUUCCUAUCCUCUGCUCUAUUUUAACACACACACACACACACACACCAGCAUGUGCUGUGCCUCCCCCCUAAACUAUAUAUGCUAAAGUGGUAUUAAUCCUGCUUGUGCUAGUUUACUCUUGUAGUUUUUAAAAGGAAGUCAAUUGUGUUCAAAGGUAUGUUUGGAAAGAUUCUCAAGUGAUAAAUUUAAAGGUAUUCGGUGUAGUUGGUCUCUAUCCUAACUUACUAUCCAUAUGCAAGUAAAUAUUUGGUACCUAGUUAAAGAAAUUGUGUUGCAAGUGAAAAAUUUAAAGUUAUUUCUUGCAUUUUGUCUGUCUUAACUAUAUGGUCCAGUGUAGAUGGAAUUAAAUAUUUAUCCAGUUAAAGAAAUUGUGUUGGAAGUGAAAAAUUUAAAGUUAUUUCUUGCAUUUCGUCUGUCUUAACUAUAUGGUCCAGUGUAGAUGGAAGUAAAUAUUUAUCUAGUUAAAGAAAUUGUGUUGGAAGAGAAAAAUUUAAAGUUAUUAGUUGCAUUUUGUCUGUCUUAACUAUAUGGUCCAGUGUAGAUGGAAUUAAAUAUUCAUCCAGUUAAAGAAAUUGUGUUGCAAGUGAAAAAUUUAAAGUAAUUAGUUGCAUUUUGUCUGUCUUAACUAUAUGGUCCAGUGCAGAUGGAAGUAAAUAUUUAUCUAGUUAAAGAAAUUGUGUUGGAAGAGAAAAAAUGAAAGUGAUUAGUUGUAUUUGGUCUGUCUUAACUAUAUGGUCCAAUGUAGAUGGAAGUAAAUAUUUGGUAUCUAGGUAAAGAAACUGUGUGCAAGUGAUGAUUUUAAAGUUAUUAGUUGCAUUUUGUCUCUUAACUAUAUGGUCCAGUGCAGAUGGAAUUAAAUAUUUAUCUAGUUAAAGAAAUUGUGUUGCAAGAGAAAAAUUUAAAGUUAUUAGUUGCAUUUUGUCUGUCUUAACUAUAUGGUCCAGUGUAGAUGGAAGUAAAUAUUUAUCUAGUUAAAGAAAUUGUGUUGGAAGAGAAAAAAAUUAAAGUGAUUAGUUGCAUUUGGUUUGUCUUAAGUAUAUGGUCCAAUGCAGAUGGAAUUAAAUAUUUAUCCAGUUAAAGAAAUUGUGUUGCAAGUGAAAAAUUUAAAGUAAUUAGUUGCAUUUUGUCUGUCUUAACUAUAUGGUCCAAUGCAGAUGGAAGUAAAUAUUUAUCUAGUUAAAGAAAUUGUGUUGGAAGAGAAAAAAAUUAAAGUGAUUAGUUGCAUUUGGUUUGUCUUAAGUAUAUGGUCCAAUGCAGAUGGAAUUAAAUAUUAAUCCAGUUAAAGAAAUUGUGUUGCAAGUGAAAAAUUUAAAGUAAUUAAUUGCAUUUUGUCUGUCUUAACUAUAUGGUCCAAUGCAGAUGGAAGUAAAUAUUUAUCCAGUUAAAGAAAUUGUGUUGGAAGAGAAAAAAUGAAAGUGAUUAGUUGUAUUUGGUCUGUCUUAACUAUAUGGUCCAAUGUAGAUGGAAGUAAAUAUUUGGUAUCUAGGUAAAGAAACUGUGCAAGCGAUGAUUUUAAAGUUAUUAGUUGCAUUUUGUCUCUUAACUAUAUGGUCCAGUGCAGAUGGAAUUAAAUAUUAUCUAGUUAAAGAAAUUGUGUUGCAAGAGAAAAAUUUAAAGUUAUUAGUUGCAUUUUGUCUGUCUUAACUAUAUGGUCCAGUGUAGAUGGAAGUAAAUAUUCAUCUAGUUAAAGAAAUUGUGUUGGAAGAGAAAAAAAUUAAAGUGAUUAGCUGCAUUUGGUUUGUCUUAAGUUUAUGGUCCAAUGCAGAUGGAAUUAAAUAUUUAUCCAGUUAAAGAAAUUGUGUUGCAAGUGAAAAAUUUAAAGUAAUUAGUUGCAUUUUGUCUGUCUUAACUAUAUGGUCCAAUGCAGAUGGAAGUAAAUAUUUAUCCAGUUAAAGAAAUUGUGUUGGAAGAGAAAAAAUGAAAGUGAUUAGUUGUAUUUGGUCUGUCUUAACUAUAUGGUCCAAUGUAGAUGGAAGUAAAUAUUUGGUAUCUAGGUAAAGAAACUGUGUGCAAGUGAUGAUUUUAAAGUUAUUAGUUGCAUUUUGUCUCUUAACUAUAUGGUCCAGUGCAGAUGGAAUUAAAUAUUUAUCUAGUUAAAGAAAUUGUGUUGCAAGAGAAAAAUUUAAAGUUAUUAGUUGCAUUUUGUCUGUUAACUAUAUGGUCCAGUGUAGAUGGAAGUAAAUAUUUAUCUAGUUAAAGAAAUUGUGUUGGAAGAGAAAAAAAUUAAAGUGAUUAGUUGCAUUUGGUUUGUCUUAAGUAUAUGGUCCAAUGCAGAUGGAAUUAAAUAUUUAUCCAGUUAAAGAAAUUGUGUUGCAAGUGAAAAAUGUAAAGUAAUUAGUUGCAUUUUGUCUGUCAACUAUAUGGUCCAAUGCAGAUGGAAGUAAAUAUUUAUCCAGUUAAAGAAAUUGUGUUGGAAGAGAAAAAAUGAAAAUGAUUAGUUGUAUUUGGUCUGUCUUAACUAUAUGGUCCAAUGUAGAUGGAAGUAAAUAUUUGGUAUCUAGGUAAAGAAACUGUGUGCAAGUGAUGAUUUUAAAGUUAUUAGUUGCAUUUUUCUCUUAACUAUAUGGUCCAGUGCAGAUGGAAUUAAAUAUUUAUCUAGUUAAAGAACUUGUGUUGCAAGAGAAAAAAAAGUAAUUAGUUGUAUUUGGUCUGUCUUAACUAUAUGGUCCAAUGCAGAUGGAAUUAAAUAUUUAUCUAGUUAAAGAAAUUGUGUUGGAAGAGAAAAAAAUUAAAGUGAUUAGUUGCAUUUGGUUUGUCUUAAGUAUAUGGUCCAAUGCAGAUGGAAUUAAAUAUUUAUCCAGUUAAAGAAAUUGUGUUGCAAGUGAAAAAUUUAAAGUAAUUAGUUGCAUUUUGUCUGUCUUAACUAUAUGGUCCAAUGCAGAUGGAAGUAAAUAUUUAUCUAGUUAAAGAAAUUGUGUUGGAAGAGAAAAAAUGAAAGUGAUUAGUUGUAUUUGGUCUGUCUUAACUACAUGGUCCAAUGUAGAUGGAAGUAAAUAUUUGGUAUCUAGGUAAAGAAACUGUGUGCAAGUGAUGAUUUUAAAGUUAUUAAUUGCAUUUUGUCUCUUAACUAUAUGGUCCAGUGCAGAUGGAAUUAAAUAUUUAUCUAGUUAAAGAAAUUGUGUUGCAAGAGAAAAAUUUAAAGUUAUUAGUUGCAUUUUGUCUGUCUUAACUAUAUGGUCCAGUGUAGAUGGAAGUAAAUAUUCAUCUAGUUAAAGAAAUUGUUUUGGAAGAGAAGAAAAUUAAAGUGAUUAGUUGCAUUUGGUUUGUCUUAAGUAUAUGGUCCAAUGCAGAUGGAAUUAAAUAUUUAUCCAGUUAAAGAAAUUGUGUUGCAAGUGAAAAAUUUAAAGUAAUUAGUUGCAUUUUGUCUGUCUUAACUAUAUGGUCCAAUGCAGAAGGAAGUAAAUAUUUAUCCAGUUAAAGAAAUUGUGUUGGAAGAGAAAAAAUGAAAGUGAUUAGUUGUAUUUGGUCUGUCUUAACUAUAUGGUCCAAUGUAGAUGGAAGUAAAUAUUUGGUAUCUAGGUAAAGAAACUGUGUGCAAGUGAUGAUUUCAAAGUUAUUAGUUGCAUUUUGUCUCUUAACUAUAUGGUCCAGUGCAGAUGGAAUUAAAUAUUUAUCUAGUUAAAGAAAUUGUGUUGCAAGAGAAAAAUUUAAAGUUAUUUCUUGCAUUUUGUCUCUUACCUAUAUGGUCCAGUGUAGAUGGAAUUAAAUAUUUAUCCAGUUAAAGAAAUUGUGUUGCAAGUGAAAUAUUUAAAGUAAUUAGUUGCAUUUUGUCUGUCUUAACUAUAUGGUCCAAUGCAGAUGGAAGUAAAUAUUUAUCCAGUUAAAGAAAUGUGUUGGAAGAGAAAAAAAUUAAAGUGAUUAGUUGCAUUUGGUUUGUCUUAAGUAUAUGGUCCAAUGCAGAUGGAGUUAAAUAUUUAUCCAGUUAAAGAAAUUGUGUUGCAAGUGAAAAAUUUAAAGUAAUUAGUUGCAUUUUGUCUGUCUUAACUAUAUGGUCCAAUGCAGAUGGAAGUAAAUAUUUAUCCAGUUAAAGAAAUUGUGUUGGAAGAGAAAAAAUGAAAGUGAUUAGUUGUAUUUGGUCUGUCUUAACUAUAUGGUCCAAUGUAGAUGGAAGUAAAUAUUUGGUAUCUAGGUAAAGAAACUGUGUGCAAGUGAUGAUUUUAAAGUUAUUUCUUGCAUUUUGUCUGUCUUAACUAUAUGGUCCAGUGUACAUGGAAGUAAAUAUUUAUCUAGUUAAAGAAAUUGUGUUGGAAGAGAAAAAAAUUAAAGUGAUUAGUUGCAUUUGGUUUGUCUUAAGUAUAUGGUCCAAUGCAGAUGGAAUUAAAUAUUUAUCCAGUUAAAGAAAUUGUGUUGCAAAGAAAAAAAUUAAAGUGAUUAGUUGCAUUUGGUUUGUCUUAAGUAUAUGGUCCAAUGCAGAUGGAAUUAAAUAUUAAUCCAGUUAAAGAAAUUGUGUUGCAAGUGAAAAAUUUAAAGUAAUUAAUUGCAUUUUGUCUGUCUUAACUAUAUGGUCCAAUGCAGAUGGAAGUAAAUAUUUAUCCAGUUAAAGAAAUUGUGUUGGAAGAGAAAAAAUGAAAGUGAUUAGUUGUAUUUGGUCUGUCUUAACUAUAUGGUCCAAUGUAGAUGGAAGUAAAUAUUUGGUAUCUAGGUAAAGAAACUGUGUGCAAGUGAUGAUUUUAAAGUUAUUAGUUGCAGUUUGUCUCUUAACUAUAUGGUCCAGUGCAGAUGGAAUUAAAUAUUUAUCUAGUUAAAGAAAUUGUGUUGCAAGAGAAAAAUUUAAAGUUAUUAGUUGCAUUUUGUCUGUCUUAACUAUAUGGUCCAGUGUAGAUGGAAGUAAAUAUUCAUCUAGUUAAAGAAAUUUUGUUGGAAGAGAAAAAAAUUAAAGUGAUUAGUUGCAUUUGGUUUGUCUUAAGUAUAUGGUCCAAUGCAGAUGGAAUUAAAUAUUUAGGCCUAUCCAGUUAAAGAAAUUGUGUUGCAAGUGAAAAAUUUAAAGUAAUUAGUUGCAUUUUGUCUCUUAACUAUAUGGUCCAAUGCAGAUGGAAGUAAAUACCCAGUUAAAGAAAUUGUGUUGGAAGAGAAAAAAUGAAAGUGAUUAGUUGUAUUUGGUCUGUCUUAACUAUAUGGUCCAAUGUAGAUGGAAGUAAAUAUUUGGUAUCUAGGUAAAGAAACUGUGUGCAAGUGAUGAUUUUAAAGUUAUUAGUUGCAGUUUGUCUCUUAACUAUAUGGUCCAGUGCAGAUGGAAUUAAAUAUUUAUCUAGUUAAAGAAAUUGUGUUGCAAGAGAAAAAUUUAAAGUUAUUAGUUGCAUUUUGUCUGUUAACUAUAUGGUCCAGUGUAGAUGGAAGUAAAUAUUUAUCUAGUUAAAGAAAUUGUGUUGGAAGAGAAAAAAAUUAAAGUGAUUAGUUGCAUUUGGUUUGUCUUAAGUAUAUGGUCCAAUGUAGAUGGAAUUAAAUAUUUAUCCAGUUAAAGAAAUUGUGUUGCAAGUGAAAAAUGUAAAGUAAUUAGUUGCAUUUUGUCUGUCUUAACUAUAUGGUCCAAUGCAGAUGGAAGUAAAUAUUUAUCCAGUUAAAGAAAUUGUGUUGGAAGAGAAAAAAUGAAAAUGAUUAGUUGUAUUUGGUCUGUCUGAACUAUAUGGUCCAAUGUAGAUGGAAGUAAAUAUUUGGUAUCUAGGUAAAGAAACUGUGUGCAAGUGAUGAUUUUAAAGUUAUUAGUUGCAUUUUUCUCUUAACUAUAUGGUCCAGUGCAGAUGGAAUUAAAUAUUUAUCUAGUUAAAGAACUUGUGUUGCAAGAGAAAAAAAAGUAAUUAGUUGUAUUUGGUCUGUCUUAACUAUAUGGUCCAAUGCAGAUGGAAUUAAAUAUUUAUCUAGUUAAAGAAAUUGUGUUGGAAGAGAAAAAAAUUAAAGUGAUUAGUUGCAUUUGGUUUGUCUUAAGUAUAUGGUCCAAUGCAGAUGGAAUUAAAUAUUUAUCCAGUUAAAGAAAUUGUGUUGCAAGUGAAAAAUUUAAAGUAAUUAGUUGCAUUUUGUCGGUCUUAACUAUAUGGUCCAAUGCAGAUGGAAGUAAAUAUUUAUCCAGUUAAAGAAAUUGUGGUGGAAGAGAAAAAAUGAAAGUGAUUAGUUGUAUUUGGUCUGUCUUAACUAUAUGGUCCAAUGUAGAUGGAAGUAAAUAUUUGGUAUCUAGGUAAAGAAACUGUGUGCAAGUGAUGAUUUUAAAGUUAUUAGUUGCAUUUUGUCUCUUAACUAUAUGGUCCAGUGCAGAUGGAAUUAAAUAUUUAUCUAGUUAAAGAAAUUGUGUUGCAAGAGAAAAAUUUAAAGUUAUUAGUUGCAUUUUGUCUGUCUUAACUAUAUGGUCCAGUGUAGAUGGAAGUAAAUAUUCAUCUAGUUAAAGAAAUUGUGUUGAAAGAGAAGAAAAUUAAAGUAAUUAGUUGCAUUUUGUCGGUCUUAACUAUAUGGUCCAAUGCAGAUGGAAGUAAAUAUUUAUCCAGUUAAAGAAAUUGUGGUGGAAGAGAAAAAAUGAAAGUGAUUAGUUGUAUUUGGUCUGUCUUAACUAUAUGGUCCAAUGUAGAUGGAAGUAAAUAUUGCAAGAGAAAAAAAUUAAAGUAAUUAGUUGUAUUUGGUCUGUCUUAACUAUAUGGUCCAAUGCAUAUUCAAGUAGGUGUUUGGUAUCUAGUUAAAAAAAAAAAAAAAUGUUGUAUGCAAAGGCAAAUUCAGAUAUUGGUGUUCCAAGUAUUAUUGUAAAAUUUGUUCCAAGGAAAAUAUUUUGGCAUUGUGUUAGUAAUGUUAUUUUUUCUUAGUAAAUAUGGCAAGUUGUGUUAGUGUUUAUCAUCAGGUUGCAAUUUAUAUGAUAUGGAAUUUAGGCAUUUUGUGAGGGGAAAGUUUCUCCAGUGAAUACGUCAAUCAGUUAUAUGAUAUGGAACUAGCAACUUCCAUUCAUGUUAUUUCUUUUGUCAUCAGGAAAUAUUAAAAUGGAGUUGUAAUUAUGGAACAUUGCAUUCGUAAUUUCUUCUGUCUCCAGGAAAUAUAAAAAUGAAACUUGGAAAUAUAGGAACUUGCAUUGAUCUUUCUUUUUUGUUAAGGAAAUAUUAAAAUAGAACUAGCAACUUGCAUUCAUAUAAUUUUUUUGUCAUAAGGAAAUAUUAAAAUGAAACGAAAUAUUGGAACUUGCAUUCAACUUUCUUUUUUGUUAAGGAAAUAUUAAAAUAGAACUUGCAACUUGCAUUCAUAUAAUUUUUGUCAUAAGGAAAUAUUAAAAUGGAACUGUAAUUAUGGAAAAUUGCAUUCAUAAUUUCUUCUAUCUCCAGGAAAUAUAAAAAUGAAAUAGAAAUAUAGGAACUUGCAUUGAUCUUUCUUUUUUGUUAAGGAAAUAUUAAAAUAGAACUUGCAACUUGCAUUCAUAUAAUUUUUGUCAUAAGGAAAUAUUAAAAUGGAACUGUAAUUAGUAUGGAACAUUGCAUUCGUAAUUUCUUCUGUCUCAAGGAAAUAUAAAAAUGAAACUUAGAAAUAUGGGAACUUGCAUUCAACUUUCUUUUUUGUUAAGGAAAUAUUAAAAUAGAACUUGCAACUUGCAUUCAUUCUAUUUCUUGUCAUAAGGAAAUAUUAAAAUGAAACUAAUUAUGGAACCUUGCAUUUAUAGUUUCUUUUGUCUCAAGGAAAUAUAAAAAUGAAACAAAUAUAGGAACUUGAAUUUAUCUUUCAUGUUUAAUAAGGAACUAGAAACUUGCAUUCAUAGUCUCGUUUUUGAUAAGGAAGUUUAUAUAAUUCUGAUCAAGAAGAAUUUUUGAGUUCAUGUUGAGGUGAAACAUGAUUAUGAUUAAAUGUGCUUUAUGUAGAUGCUUUUGGCUGUCAAUAUACCACUUAAAGCAAUAUAUUA